AUGGUGACGACACGACAUUGUGACGUCAGCAGCAACAAGACUACACAGACGCAACGGCGAGUGACCUUUCACCUCCCGGACGGCUCUCAGGAGAGCUGCAGUGACAGCGGGCUCGGAGAGCAGGAGCCCAAUAGCGGUGCCAGCAUCACCCAGCCUCUGCCCUUGGGCUUCCCUCAGGAAGAGUACUAUGAACAGACCUCACCGAACAGCCGCACUGAGGGUGACGGCAACUCUGACCCCGAGUCCACUAUUGAAGUGAACCUGCAGAAAGCUCUCGCCGAGGCCUUGGAGACCUGUACCCAGGAAUGUCUGAUCCUGGGUCAUUCUGACAGCUGCUGGAUGCCGCCAGCGCUGACCCAAUUCCAGACGUCCGGCGCCGCCACUCUGCCCUCCUUUGGUUUUCAACAAAGCUGGGCACGGGGGACCAAGGCAGAUGGGCGUCACACCCUUGGCAGGUCAGUGCCCAAAGAUGAUCUGGACAAAGGGAGCUACCGGCCCCAAUUCUACAACACACUUGAGAGACACUGCAGCAAAAAAGAGGAUCCCAUCAAGGUCAUCCCUCUAGCAAGCUUUUCCGCCACGUCCAGCUCUCAGACGUCCACGAGCGGAGGUCCUUCAGCCUUCCUGCACGAGCAUCAGCUGUAGAAGCGAGGGUAGGCCUCAGAGCACUGCAUAAUGAGAGUGAUUGAAAUGGAAAAGCUGACGGGUUCUGAUCGUUAUUAGCAUGUGUCAAAUGUUUCAUGACACAGGAUGUUUCUAAACUCAGCAGAAGGGAAAGUUAAAGCAAAGGACCGUAGCUCUCGGUAUCCUCUGUGUAACUGAAACAUGUACAGUAGACAACUGGUAGAUAUAGACCAAAGUAGCUCCUCAAGUGAAAAAAAAAAUGGUGUGAAAGAAUGGUGUCUUAGUGACAGAUUAGUGGCAAGUGAAUUAAGCUUUA